AUGAGUAGUUAAGAUCUUGAAUUUGUUUAAGAGAAUUUGUAAAUUCUUAUCAAGACCGUGUAAGAGUUGUAAAAUUAAUUUUAGGGGAAAGGUAUGAAAUGAUAUUCAUAUUUAGAGAACCAAGAACAAAUUUAAAUAGUAAAUAUAUGAUGCAUAUACAAAAUAUAGAAUAAACAAAAAUGCCAAAAGUUAAUUGAUGCAUUAACAAUCAAAUUUAAAUAAGGCAAAUUCAAUAAAUCAGAAAAUAUGACAAUUUAAAUGCUCAAAAAAGAAUAUGCUAAGGUACAUUAAAAUAAAAUAUCAGCAAUAAAAUAUAUUUAUUGAAAUCACAAAGUCAAUCAGAAACCCUAAAUAAAUAAACUAAAAUGAGGCAAGAGAACUUGAAAUGUAAAAUGCAAGUAAAAUUUUUCCUUUAAUAAAGAGAAAAUAAAUGGAAAAUCUACAUAUGUUUAUGAUGAAAAUACCAAUUAUGAUGAGGAAGAUUCAGGAGAAAAAGGACCUAAUUUAGAAUAAUUAUCUGAAAUGGAAGUUCAUCCUGAUAUUUAACAUAAGGCCAUGUUAAUUUAAGAACAAUAAGAAGAAAUAGAUUGUAUAUUAUUUUAUUAUAUACAAUAAGAAAUUUAAAAGGAUGCCUUAGAGGUUCUUAAAAUAUAAACUGAAGUGGCUAAAGUAGUAGUGGAUUAAGGUAAGAUGUUAGAUGUUGCUGAAAACAAUAUAAAUAAAUCAAACACAAAUGUAAAAGAGGCAGUUGUUGAAUUAGAAGGAGUAAGCAUUUAAUAUAUUAUUAUCAAUUAGGCAAAAGUAGAGCAUAAAUAAUAUAUGAAAAAACUUGGUGGAGCUAUAUGUAUUAUCCUUAUAGUCGUAGCUGUUAUUGUAGUUUGUGUAAAGCUUAUUUGA